AUGACAGAAACCACGAUGCUCACGGUGAUCGUCUGGCUGUCGGUAAUGUUGUUCCUUACCGUUGCUCACUGUAAGGAAAUAAAUCUUACCUCGAAUCUCAUAACACCCCCGGAAUCUCGACCGAUGCUAGAGUCGAUCAACGGUACGCGCAACUAUCGUAUGCAUGGCAAAAAGGGCAAGGACGACAAAACCUGGUUCGAUGGACGUGAAAUGCGCUACAUUUACUGCGUUCGACCGGCCAAAUGUGAACCGAUCCGAUACAAUUCGUGCCUCGGGUCGAUCCUACCCUACUCGUCAAUCAGUCUCGAUUUGACCGAUUCGUACAGCCAGGAGGAAACGCAUAGGAAACUAUUUCAGUACAAAGCGCUGAUCAAUGUGCCAAAGUGUUGGGCCGUUAUACAACCCUUUCUGUGUGCCGUUUUUACACCAAAAUGUGAGAAAAUUAAUGGUCAAGAAAUGGUGUACUUACCGUCGCUGGAGAUGUGUAAGAUCACACUGGAACCGUGCCGCAUACUGUACAACACAAGCUUCUUUCCGGAGUUUCUCAAAUGCAACGAAACGCUUUACCCUUCCAAGUGUAAUAACGAUGUGCGGGAGGAAAUGAAGUUUAAUGCUACUGGACAGUGUCAGAAACCGUUGGUAGCGGCCGAUUUACCAGCAAACUAUUAUAAAGAAAUCGAUGGAUGUGGUGUACAGUGCAAGGAUCCAUUGUACACAGACCAUGAACAUCGCCAGAUACACAAGCUAGUCGCAUGGGGAGCUAGCGUGUGUCUGGCAUUUAAUCUCUUCACGCUCGCCACGUUCGCCAUCGAUUGGCAGAACGCAAACAAGUAUCCGGCGAUGGUAAUAUUUUAUAUCAAUUUCUGUUUCGCCGUCUCUUGUCUCGGCUGGUUAGCACAGUUUACGCCAGGCGGUCGGGAGGAUAUCGUAUGCCGUAAGGAUGGUACGCUCCGUACCUCCGAGCCAAGCGCCGGUGAAAACCUAUCCUGCAUAGUGGUAUUCAUACUGGUGUACUACUUCCUCAUCGCCGCCAUGGUGUGGUUCGUCAUUUUCACUUACGUGUGGCACAUGAGCUUUAAAGCGAUCGGCAAAAUACAGGAUCGCAUCGAUAAGAAGGGUUCAUACUUCCAUUUGAUCGCCUGGUCGCUACCGCUCGUGCUAACGAUCACCAUCAUGGCGCUGAGUGAAAUCGAUGGCAACAGUACGGUGGGCAUUUGUUUCGUCGGAUACCUUAACCAUCCGAUCCGGGGCGGAUUUCUUCUUGCACCGGUACUUUGCGUGCUGCUUGUUGGCGGUUACUUUCUUGGCCGUGGAUUACUCACACUGAUACGGUUGCGUAUUUCGAGUAAAGAAAUCAUCUCCGCACGAGCUAGUAAAAAGAUCCACCAGACAAUCGUACGCAUGGGCAUCUGUACGACGUUUACGUUCAUAUUUAUCGUAGCAACCGUGUUCUGUCACGUGCACGAGUUUCGACACAGUGCUGCAUGGGCGACGGCGUUCCGCAAUUUUCUCGUCUGCCAAAUAACGUCCAUCUACAACGACGAUGUUACAAACAGUUGUCGGAUCGAGCAGAGACCCAGCGUCGCUAUUCUGCAGGUGCAUCUGAUCUGUCUGUUCGCGUCCGGCAUCGUGAUGUCGUCCUGGGUGUGGACCAACUCGACACUCGAAUCGUGGGGUCGAUAUUUUCGGAGGCGCUUCGGUACGGACAUCGACGAACCGGUGAAGCUGCAGAAGCAUAAAGUGAUCGCGCAAGCGUUCGCCAAACGAAAAGAGUUUCAAAAUCAAGGCCGUUUGUCGAUAUCGUUUCACAACUCGCACACCGAUCCGGUAGGGUUGAAGUUUGACAUAAACUCUGCCAUCGGUAGUCACGAUUUUAGCUCUACCUGGGCAAAUAAUUUGCCUCGAUUUGUGAACCGACGGUGUGCGUUGACUGGUGCCGCAACUAGUUCGAGUCACGAUCCACGCAAAAAUUCGGUUGAUUCGGAGAUAAGCUUCAGUGUGCGGCACGUGUCGGUGGAAUCGCGUCGGAAUUCGAUCGAUUCGCAGGUAUCGGUAAAAAUCGCCGAGGUAAAGACAAAGGUUGCCAGUCGGAGUAGCCGAAGCGGAACGGUCGUGGUGGGUGCGGCUGGUGGAAAGCAUGCUCACAAAUCACGCCACCAAAGUCGGAGACGACACGAUUUUGCAGCUACUGGACGACGGUACAGCAGAAAGGAGAGUAGCACAUCGGUUGAGUCGCAGAUCGUCACAGCAGCUAUACAGAAAUCGGCAGGAAGCGGUGCUGGACGGCAUUCAUCGACGGCGGGUACGUUCGGGGCAGGCAACAUGCAGCGUCGUACUGGGAUCGGUGCCAUGGACGCACAUCAGAUCAAUGAUUUGAUCUCGAACGGAAAGCUGCUGCUCCCAUUUCUACAAGGCCAAGGACUAACUACGUCGGAAGAUGAUAACGUAUCGGUUGGUUCAUUAAAGUUGCAAGAUUCCAAGUUUGACAUUAUUAUGAAGCAGUUUGAUGGAUCCAGCCGCCGCAUGGGUGAUGUUGGCGGUAAUGGGUGUGGUAGCGUACCUGGUCCAGGAAACACCACAGGAGGAGCUGGAGGUGGCUGUCGUAUCGAAGAGUAUCACACCAGUGAGGAUGACGAUGACGAAGCUGAGGCGGAAGCGUUACUAAACGGAAGAAAUAUUCCUCUGCGUCAGAUCACUUCUGGACGGGAUGAAGUGAUGCUUUCGCGAGUUACCGACGCUAUUUCGAAGGAUACAUCGGUCGGAGUAGCAACAACACGUCUGCACGGCAAGGAGGGAUCGUCUCGGGUUAGCAAGGGCAGCAUGACGAGCAAAAGCCUCCGCAGCCGAAAGACCGGAGGGACCGGUUCUCGUCAGUCUACUAUAAACAGGAAAAGUCAGCAUCAUCAUCGCAGAAAAAAAGAGAAAGCAAGAGAACGUGAGCGCGAAAAGGAUCUGGAACUGAUGGAGCGUGUGCCAUCGCCAUCGGGUGCACCGUUUGAUUUUGUGAACGAUUCGUCCUUCUCGUCCUACUGUUCCGAACUGUCGCCGCUGCAGGUAAACAGUUCAUAUUCGGGCGUUUCGAUAGCGAAAACUAAUUCACGCAAUUCCAAGCGCAGCUGUGACGUUGGCAUACAGACUAAUGCGCACGAAAUUGCCACACAAACCAUGUCCUCGUACGAGUUUAAUGAGAAAGCGUUGAAAAAUGAGGAAAAUGCGGACAUAUACACUGAAAACCAUCAGCUGCUUCCGACACUGCAACCGAUGGUAGUGGUGCAAGCUGCCCCAUCGAAACUUAUCCAAACGGCUGGCGGCACGAUGGUUGGACGAAAGCAGCGCGAUGCUAACGAAUCGGCUGGUAUGAGUGACGCCGAAAAGCUUAAAAUGCUUUUGCUACCGUCGAAGUGAUGG